GUGGCAGUGGCUGAGACAACCCCGUUACCGGCCACCGUUAACCCGGGUAACUACGACCCUCGAUACUCAAGCUCAACAGCUCAUGGUGAAGAUUUCUCAGAGGACAUCGCGUCUUCAUCGCGUCUCUGCAGCCCCUAUUUGAAGAGGACAUUUGGCAAUAGCGAACUUUUAUUUAAGAAAACAGAUUUACACUGUAUGACAAAGUCAGAAGAUGCUUUGUGUGUCUAAAGAGCGCAAAUUAUACCACAUCAAAGCAUAUAAGAGCGUCAGUGACAGCUUGGCACAUACAGGAGUACCUGCGAUGAAGAAGCCCGCAAGAAGCUCCACGCGGUAAAAAGUGGAAGAGUGAUACUGAGAGCAGACAGAAGUGCGUGGAGGCCAAAGAACAGACACCAGCGAGUCCUCAAAUGAUGGGGAUAAAACACCUUCUGCUUCUUUUGAUUUACUUAGACCCGCUGAAUGUCCUGUGCACCGCCACCAACAACAAAAGAAGCAAAACCCCGACAAAUAGGAAGCCAAAGGUGAAGGACCUGAACGGCAGCACCACCGCGGUCCCGCUGGCCGUGGCCGUCCCGGGGAAGAUCACCCAGGUCCAGGCUCCCACGGUGCAGCACGACACCUGCCUGGGCUACUACGACGUGAGCGGGCAGUUAGACAAAGAGUUCAGCUGCAACAACACCGACCACCGCUUCUGUUGCGGCAGCUGCUUCUUGCGCUUCUGCUGCGCGGACCGGGGGAAGCGGCUGGAGCAGAAAAUCUGCACCAACAUCAACACCCCGGACUGGAUCAAAACCCAGCCCCCCUCCCCGGCGCCAACAGGUGAUACCUACGACCCGGAGCUAGACCAGACCAACACCACGGUGUACAUCACCUGCGGGGUCGUAGCGCUCAUCAUUGCGAUUGGGAUAACUGCUAAAGUUGCCUAUGAUAAAGCCACCAAGCCCCCUCAGGAAAUGAACGUGCACAGAGCCCUGGCAGACAUCCUGAGGCAACAAGGACCAGUUCCAAUAUCUCAGUAUGAACACGAGAACAUUGCAGCGAUGGACGGGUCACCUAAAGACGAGACGCCGGUCAGAACCUUGAAGAAUCACUACACACCUGUUCACGCCAAGGCACCGAACCACGGACACUAUGGCAAAGAAAAUCUACGCAGCGGAGGCCAAGACAUGCACAACUUCAUCUCCUCUGGGUUUGUGACACUGGGACGUGGCCACUUGAAAGCGCAGCACUCCAUAGACGAAUCGGGGCAGAUGUCCUGGCAGGGCGAUCUGGACAUCCCCCUCUCCUAUGCAUAUCACGGUGUGCGGAGCGUAGACUAUGAAAUAUGGUCGUCCUUGAAGGUACCCAUGCGACGGAAGGCCUCGUUCAUCCUUCGCAUGCUAAUGCUCCGGACCCCGCUGCAGACGCUGAGCGCCCCCCAGGCGUUCGCCCUCAGUCUGUUGACAAGCUUCCUGUCAGGAGUGGCUGUCACAUUCUUAUGA